AUGCUCCUUUCAGAUCGAGAACAUGGAGCAUUGGAAGAGAAAUUGCCUUCUCUCCAAUUGCCAUCUUUUCAUGAUGAACAUGAUGGAAGAGUAUCAUUGAGAAUCAUACAGCAUCCAUCCAACAAGAGUAUCAUUAAGACCACUACCACCACCACAAACCAAGUCGUUCCAUCAUUGGCGAAGCAUGUCCGUUCGGAAUCUCUGAAAAACAUUCCCUCUGAGUCCGUGGCUGAUGAUUACAUUCCGACAAGAGAGAAUCAUGACUUCAUCUUGACGAUGCAAGUUGGUACUUCUCCAUCUUCUCCGAGUUGUAGCAGCAGCAGCAGUAGUAAUAACAACAAUAACAACAGUGGGAGUACAAGUUCAGAUGCCAAUAAUGGUAUUGCUGAAGAAGAAGAGGAGGAGGAUGAAGGCACCACAACAACACAACAGCCUCAACUCCAAUCUCUUCUCCCAUGA